AUGCCAUCUUGGACUCACUUGGUUCGUUUCAUCGCCGUCGAGGACAGCCAGGUCCAUCUCGGCCAACUGGUGGACACCACUCGCGAUAUCGGACGGGACAGCAUCAAUGGCGUCGAGAUUGCCGUCUAUGUGAUCAAUGGCACUGCCUUUGAUGGCCAUGUGACAAAUGAGAUUAUGCACGUCAAGCAGCUCCUCUCUCCAGUCUCCCGAGAGGACUGCAACUACAUCCGCUGCCUGGGACUGAACUACAUGGACCAUGCAAAGGAAGCUAGCCUACCUAUUCCGAAAGCCCCAAUUCUCUUCACCAAGCCACGAACGGCCCUAAUCGGCCCCUAUCCCGCGGCGAUCAAUGUGCCUAAAUGCGCACAGGACGGCACAAGCGACUACGAAGCCGAGCUGUGUCUGGUCAUUGGCAAGACCGGUCGCGACAUCCCCGAGGAGGAAGCACUAGACUAUGUGCUGGGAUAUACAGCUUCAAAUGAUGUGUCUGCUCGCACGAUGCAAUUGAUGACCACCCAAUGGUGCUUCUCCAAGGGCCUCGACGGAAGCUGUCCCAUUGGCCCGGUCCUUGUCUCUUCCUCUGUGAUCCAAGACCCUCAAGCCCUCUCGAUUAGGGCGAUUCAUAAUGGUGCUACUGUGCAGGAUGGACAUACAAAGGAUAUGAUUUUUUCCAUCAAGAAGCAGAUCUCGUAUCUCUCCCAAGGCACAACGCUGGAGGCGGGAACCAUCUUCUUGACUGGAACGCCGGCUGGUAUUGGAUACUUCCACAAUCCCAGAGUGGUUCUGAAUGAUGGCGAUGAGAUUUCCGUUGAGAUUGAUCAGAUCGGCACACUUGUCAACAAGGUUCGAUAUGAGAGUCGCUGA